GAGGAUUCCAACUGUCACAACAGAACAAUACUCCUCUCCAGCUCCCCACCCCUCACCGACUACCUACUCCCAAUAUCAACAUGACUGACGUUCUUGGUGUUCUUGUCAUCGCCCGUAAUGGUGACCGCACAGAGUACUACCAGGACCCCAACACCUAUGAAAGCGCCUACACCGAAAGCACUGCCCUUGGUGCUGCCGAGUCUCACCAGCUCGGAUCAUUCCUUCGAUCCACUUACAUGUCCUCGUCUUCUCCUUCAUACAUCGCGGACAUGAAAACCGACCUCGUGGACACCCAUGAGGUCCACGUUCAUGCCAAGGCUGGCGGUGAGGGUCCCGUGGUCUUUGACUCUGCUAUCGCCCUCCUUCAGGGUCUUUUCCCUCCCAACCUUGCUAACAAGAUUGUUCUUGCCAACGAGACCACCGUCGUUGCUCCUCUUGGCGGUUACCAGUACGUUCCCAUUGAGACUGUCGAGCCUGGUAACGACAAGUCCCUUGAGCCAUGGACCGACUGUCCGGCUUUCGAGCAACACAUCGCUGAUGUCUACUCAUCUUCUGAGUUCCGGGAGACCGCAAAGGCUGCUGCUCCUUUCUUCGGUUCUGUCAGGGAUUACGUUUUCGGCCGCCCUACUACUCUUGAAAAUGCUAUUUACGACUACAUGUCGACUGAGCUCUCCCACAACAAGACAUACGCUCACCGCCUUCCCCCCACGUUAGUUGAGCAGGCUCGUGGUUAUGCUGACUUCCACGAGAACGCCAUCUUCUCGGACAAGGAUGUCGGUGGUAUUGGUAACUUGGCUGGCCGCACAAUCCUCCACACGGUCUUGAGCUCCCUCACACGGAUUGCAUUUAACGGCGACCCUCUACAGUUCCUCCUCAUUGAGACUUCCUACCACCCUUUCAUCUCUCUAUUCCACAUGCUUGAGAUGACCAAGGAGAACCCUGAGAUUGCCGCUAUCCCGAACUAUGCUUCUGCUCUUGCCUUCGAGCUCCGUCGCGGACCUGCCCCUGAAGACCGUGACUUCAUCAGGAUCAAGUUCAAGAACGGCACCAGCGGCGGCUUCGAGACCUACCAUGCUUUCGGCCACAGGUCUGACAUUGCUGCAACGGAAUUCAUCUACAGGAUCGAGAACUACGCCAUUACUAGCCAGAAGCAAUGGGCUGCUGCUUGCAGCGCAGGUCUUGAGGAUGAGUGGCUCCACAUUGGCACCCAGAACGCGAUUUCCAGCACUAUCUUUGCCGUCCUGGCUGCUGUCUUCCUUCUCGGCAUGUUCAUCCUCUCCAAAUUCGUCAAGAGCGCCCGUGCCAGGGCUCAGAACACUCGCAUUCGCCUUGCUGACGAUGAGGUAAGUCGGCCGCACCUAUCUCAGAGCCAGUACCCCAAUUACGGAACCCUUUCCAACGUCGGUCCUGGUAUCGUGCCUUUCUGAAUCGUGCUGACAAACUGUCAUUUCUUCUUUCUUGUUCAUAAUAGAACGUCGUCGCUCAGUCUGCUUCCAUGAGCGAGAAGCAGCGCCUUCCCUUGUAAGCGCGGGUUUAGUAGGGUCGGAGAGGUUGAAAAAUAUCUUCACUACGUGCUUCAGCGGGGGGUCGAUUUCUUGUUUGAUUGGUAUUUGGACUGCAUCGCAUUUUCUCUUUAGACUCUUGCCACAUUUUUUCUUCUCGUUUGCAAUAUGACUGCUGUGUAGUUUACCAUAUGGGACUGGGUCUCCAUAGUUAUGAAAAUUCACUCAUUUUCUCGGACCUUGCUA